CCACGUUUGAUUGAACGCGUCCGAACAGCGCGUUGGCCGGAGGUUGAGAAGUGUCAGUGGGAUCGUGGGCACAAUUGAGCCAGGCCUUCAAUUAAUCAAUGCUGCUGAAGACACAGGUGCCUUAGACUUGGUCUUCAAUUGUGUGCUCUUAAGACAGCAAUGGCAGAAACUCAGCAGCCGUCUACGCCGCAGCAGCAGGCCCCCGCUCCGCAGCCUACGCAGAAAGUGUCCGACGUAAUUCGCAGCUACAGACCGACUAAGGCAUUUCGAUCCCCGAAACAAGAUGGCCACGUUCACAUAACGUCCUUGGACUUUGACGACCAGGGCGACUACUUGGUAGCUGCUGGGGAUGAUGAAACGAUCCAGAUUUUUGAUAUCAAGGAGGGCAAGUCGACAAAGACAGUCCCUAGCAAGAAGUAUGGUGUCCAUCUAGCAAGAUUCACCCACCACUCGCGUCAGGUUCUCCAUGCGAGUACGAAGGUCGAUGAAUCUUUACGACUUCUUGACCUCCACAAUGAGAGUUAUGUCCGCUACUUCACGGGGCACUCAGACAAGGUUACAUGCUUGGCUCUCUCGCCAGGCAGUGAUGCCUUCAUCUCAUGUUCUAAGGAUGAUACUGUUACCAUGUGGGACCUCAAUUCGAGGAACCCGCAGGGCAAAUUGAAGCUCGCGACACCGUAUCUCGUUGCGUUCGAUCCAUCUGCCUCCGUCAUCGCAAUCGCAUCUCAGUCAACGUCAUCUGUAUUGCUCUACGACUUCCGGAAUUACGACAAGCCGCCAUUUGCUACCUUUGACCUCGCCCCUCUUGAGGAGAGAUUCACGCCCUCCACUCGCGGUCGAGCAUGGACCAGGUUGGAAUUCUCCAACGAUGGAAAGAAUCUGCUCGUUGGGACGGAAUACCAUGGGCAUUUUGUGCUGGAUGCGUUCGAAGGCAGCCUUAGAGCUUUCUUGGUCGGGAAGAAUGGAUCCUCUGGCAGAGCGGCCCCAGUUUCUAGUUCGGGAAAGCCUCUGGGCCAGGGCGAUGCCUGCUUUACACCGGAUGGGAGAUAUGUUAUAGGAGGUUCCGGUGACCAGUUCGAAGCUCUUGUGUGGGAUACACACCAAGCACCAGAGCCGGGGAACUUCCUGCAGCCGAUGGCACGGCUGCCGCAGAGAGGCCGGACGGCCAUUGUUGAAUGCAAUCCCAGAUAUAACAUGUUUGCUACUGCAGACAGGGAAAUCGUAUUCUGGCUUCCGGAGGACAGCUCGAAGGCCUCAUAAGGCGGCGACGGCUUAAGGAAAAUCCCAUGAUGGUGAAUGCUGAGCUCAUCCUUCCGUCGGCAAUGACUUCUGGUGCUCUUUACGCAGGUGGUGAAGCCGAUUGUUCGAAAUGCAAUCCUGCUACAGGUCGACAAAUGAUGUGCUACUCAAGGACCGUUCUUUACAGAGAUGUCAUCAUUUUCGA